ACUGUCCAGCCGCGGUCACACUAUACCGAAGCAUCAAUUGCAAAUUUUGUUUUUAAUUAUUUCCAAAGGGCAAUCGGCUAAAGGUGCGGGAACCUAAGCUUCUGACUCCGCUUCUGAUCGCGAGACGGAAACGCAGUUGAUCCUGCUGCCCACUCGCUAUCCUUGCCGUGGUGCGAGUGUCGAGUGCUUUCGCUGCGCCAGUGUGUGUGUGUGUGUGUGCGCCUGUGUUUUUGUCCGCCUCAGUGUGUGUGCUGUGUGUGUGAGUGUUUGUGGCUGCAAGCGCGUUUGUGUGUGUGGGGAUCUCGCCGAGAGCAAUUACCCGAAAGUCGCUCUUUUCCACUUGGUAAACAAAAACAAAACAAUUGGAUGUGACCUGGUCCACAUCCGCGCCAAGCACCACCAUUACUCGCCCAAGAAGCAACCGAAACAGCCGCAGCAGCAACAGCAGCAGCCAGCGAAGCAACAUGUCCUCGUCGACGUCAGAGCGCAAGCGCUACCACAAGGACAACGCGCCCACCGACGACAUCCUCACGCUGAUCAAUCUGGUGCGCCAGAACCCGGCCCUGUACAACUACAAGCUCCAGCCCAACCAGCGUCGCCGUUCCGACGUCCUUAAUGGCUGGCAGGAGGUGGCCCAGCAGAUAGGCAACAAGUACACGGUCCAGGAAGUGCGGCGCAAGUGGAAGAACCUGCGCGACACGUACCACCAGUACCGACUGCGCACGCCCAAGUGCAUCGAAGGAAGGCUAUCCAAGUGGCGAUACGCCAAGGAGUUGGAUUUCCUCUCAACGGUGUACCAGCCCAAAUUAAAGUCGCAUCGUACCACCCAGAGCAGUGGCUAUGAGGCGGGCAACGGCGGCGGGGACGGUGGCGGAGGAGGAGGAGGAGUAGGCGGUGGCGGUGCCUCCAGCAACAGUUUGCCCAUUGGGGCGAUGCUGCAUUUGAAGCAGCACGACGAGGACGACGAUGAUGACGAAGUGGUUGACGAUGACGGGCAGUCAGAUCACGAUACAGCCACAUUGUCCUCGCAUCACGGCGCCUCGCAGAUCACCCUGGUCAGCGACGAGGCAGAGACCUUCAUCCUGACCGCCUACGAGGAGGGCGUUGCGGAUGACACUGUUUCGCAGCACCAUCACCACCACCACCAUCAUGGCCACCACCACCAGCAGCACCAUCACCAUCAGCAGCACCAUCACCAUCAUCACCACCAUCAAUCCCAGCACGACGGCAGCAUCUCCAGCAUCGAGCUCUCGCAGAUUGCCCACGAUGACGACGUGGUCGACGAUGUGGACGACGAGGACGAUGUGGUCGAUCACGACGGCCAUGUGGUGGACAUUGUCAAGCACGAAUUGGACGAGGACGGAGCCACCGGCGCCGAGGUGGACUACGAGGAGGUCUGCCUGUACGAGGAAGCCAGCGGAGCCCAUGUCGACUGCGAAAUGGGCGUUGGUGACGGCGUGGACGGUGGCAGUGACGUGACCCAUGGCAAGAGCUUCCACUACAUCGAUGCCCACGACUUUUGCAUAGCGGACAUUGAGCCGCAGCCAGUGCGCUCCAGCCAGCAUCAGUUCCAGAGCGCUACGGCCUCCGCAUCCAAUAGUGUCCUUGCCGGCGGCUCUUUGGUUGAUGGCAAGCUUAAGAAUCUCACGCUGGUCACCACCACGGCGGCGGGCGUUAACGGUGGCGCCUCGAAUCGUCACGAUUCCUCCUCGUCCGUGUCAGCACAACAGAUUUCGCUGGUGGAUGUUACCGAGGCGACCAGCACCAGUGUAACCAUUUCCAGCACGCCGGCAGUGUCGUUGAAUGCGGCCACAGUGACCACAACGCCGGCAGCCGCCUUGUGCAACACCACAUCCUUCACAUCCACGCCAACGGCCACGAUUCUGCAGCUGCCUUCGCUGAGCUGCGGCUCCGGGAACAGCAAUGGCAACGCCACUCCAUUGGCGGUCAGUGCGGCGAGCAGCAGCACCAGCAGCACUCUGGUCAAGGAGGAGGACCAUCUGCAGCACCAGCAGGCCCAGCAGGUGGCCCAGGCGCUGGCCAAACGGGAUGAGCUGGAUCUGUUCUUUGACUUCCUCAAGAAGAAGAUCCAGUGCUUCAGCAAGACUCAGAUCACGCACAUCCAGAUGGAGUUCCUCAACUGUGUGUGCCGGCAGGAGUCGGCCGAUCAGGAUGGCAAAGAUUAGAGUUUGCUCCGCCCCAGUUCCCCGAUUCCUUGUGCCCGAACCCGGAUAACCACCGUAAUUCCGGAUUCCAGCGUAGUUGCUUAGUUUUUUUUUUGCGUGUAUAGGAUUUUAGGACUCGUAUCGUUUACCAGUUUCGCAAGAUCGCGUUCUUCACUUAGCUUUACCCCUGCCCCGCCCACAGCCCGCACCAAGGUCGGAAAUACCUUCAUCCAAAUUGCGUACAUAUAUACAUACAUAUAUAUGUAUAUAUUAUACAUAUACACAUAACCCAGAGUUGUAAACAAUUGUAAUUGAUAGUAAGUAAAAUAAAUCGAUUCUCGAAAGUGA